CCAGGUGAUUCCUUGAGGAUGUCCAGGUAGACAAAUGUGUUCAGGAGCAGACAACAAACCCACCAGGAACAACAUCAGACAGGUUGUUGGACGUCAUAUAUCAUUUUUUUAUUUAUUUUGUUUUAACCUUAUUUAAUUAGUUUCUGGAGCUGAACAAUGGCCAACGCAGGAAUCCAGCUGCUCGGCUUCACUCUGGCCUUCCUUGGCUUCAUCGGCACCAUCGCUUCCACGGUCAUGGUGGAGUGGAAAGCUUCGUCCUACGCAGGAGACAACAUCAUCACGGCUCAGGCGAUGUACGAAGGCCUGUGGAAGAGCUGCGUGUCCCAGAGUACCGGACAGGUUCAGUGUAAGGUGUACGACUCCCUCCUGCAGCUACCAGGGAUGGUCCAGGGCGCGCGAGGCCUGAUGCUCUCCUCCAUCCUGCUGAGCUUCAUCUCCAUUCUGGUGGCGGUGGUGGGCAUGAAGUGCACCACCUGCAUGGCGGAGAUGCCGGAGCAGAAGGACAAGGUGGCUCUGGCCGGAGGAGUUAUCUUCAUUAUCGCUGGUCUGUUUGCUCUGGUGGGAACGUCCUGGUACGGCCACAGAAUAGCGAAGGACUUCUACGACCCGUUCACUCCGACCAACGCCAGGUAUGAGUUCGGGAGCGCCCUGUACGUCGGAUGGGGAGCUGCCUGCCUCGUCGUUAUAGGAGGCGGCUUCCUCUGCUGCAACUGCUCCACAAAGGGAUCAGGAAAAGCUCCUCGUUACCCAGCAUCCCACUCUGCGGCGCCGUCAGGCCGAGACUACGUGUAGGAGGACAGUCGAUCCAGUCACGGAGGGGCGACCUCGCCUCUACGCUCGUCUGAUGUCUCUGCAGCGUGUACAUGUGCAGGUGUUGUAGUUGGUGUCUGUUGGUAUCUGUUAGGAAACUAAUGAUUAUGUUCAACACGGAGGAAAACAGCAAAACUCUGUAGAUGUAUAGAUGACAGCAGUGGUAGCAUUACAGAUAGAAAUGUUGGAGUUGAAAACUAUUAACCAAGAAGUUAAGUAGAACCAUUAGCAUUACACUUUAAACUUCAGUUUUUUAAAAAAAUCUGGAAUUAUUCGAAUUUAAAGCUUAAAAAUAGAUAAAAAGGUUCAUCUUACCUCAGCUCCAGACAUGUCAGGGUUGUUGUUGUUGUUGUUGUUGUUGUUGUUGUUGUUGUUGUUGUUUUUGCCACUAAUACCUAUUUUAAUACAUGUUUGUUUAUCCUUAUGUGUCGUGUAAAAUAAAAUCUGUUGCUUUUCUAUGAAGGGAUGCUU